ACUGCGACUAAGACGCAGGACUCAGUCACAUCCACCUCCCGGCUCACACACGCACGCAGUCUCUGUGUUUUUAGCGCAGACACCCCGCAGAUAAAACAAGACCGUCAAGAUCCAGAAUAAAAAGCUUCGGACACGAACUUUGAAUCUGCACUAUUUACUUUUCCUGCUCUUUACACCAUGGGUCCUCGUUUUGUGCUGCUCUGCUCCAUGUUCGGAGUUCUCCUUGCCCAAGGAGUAGAGCAGAUUUCCAUAGACGACUGCUGUCAGGAUGGACAGAAGAGAGGCAACGCAAAUGAAGACUGCUCCUCCCUCCCUCUCAUCUCCGAGUCUACCACAUGCAGGGUGGUGCAGGAGCAGUGCUGUGUAACCGUGCUUGAAGACAACAUGUGCACCAAUGGGAUCAAUUUGGCCAAAGACCAAGGAGCUUGUGAUCCUUUGUUUGCCAACACCUGCGAGACCAAGACAAUAAAAAUGUGCUGUGACUGUUGUCUCCUGGGGAAGGCUUUACAGGAGCUCGGUCUCUCCUGCGAUCACAACCUGUCUGUUGGCUACCAGUGUGGUUUAGUUUCCCGUGCCUGCUGUGUAGAUGAAGUACCAGAUAACCAGACAAUAUCGUCAGGGCAGACUGAGAUUCAAAACAAAGAUCAAUCUACAGAUAAUGGAGAUAAUUCAGUUCUUAGUGACCAGUGCAGUGGCAGAUGCGUUCAUCUCUGUGUGGGUAAUGACACCUGUGAGUGUUUUAAAGGCUACAAACUCAGAGCAGAUGGAAAGACAUGUGAUGAUAUCAACGAGUGUCUGUUGGGAAUGAGUAACUGUCGAGCAGGGGAGCGAUGCAUUAACACUGAUGGCUCGUUCCGCUGUCAGAGGGAGGUCAGUUGUGGAACUGGCUACGAGCUCACUGACAACAACAACUGCAAAGACAUUGAUGAAUGUGAGACCGGCAUCCAUAACUGUGGCCCGCAGUUCAAGUGCCAAAACACCCAAGGGUCAUUUCGUUGUGUUCCCACAGUCAAUUGUGGUAGUGGGUUUAUUCAGGAUGCCCUGGGCAACUGUAUCGACAUCAAUGAAUGCGUGAGCCAGACUGGUCCAUGCCACAGAGGGCAGGUCUGUAUCAACACAGUUGGAUCUUACACCUGUCAGAGAAACUCUGUCAACUGUGGUCGAGGAUACCACCUCAAUGAGGAGGGCACGCGCUGCGUUGAUAUUGACGAGUGUAAGGGACCUGAGCAGGUGUGUCCGGGUCACAGUUGUAUCAACCUGGUUGGCUCCUACCGCUGUGAGUGUCAGGCGGGCUACAACUUCAACAGCAUCAGUCGCGUUUGUGAAGACAUAAAUGAAUGCCGACACUACCCUGGUCGCCUGUGUGCUCACAAGUGUGAAAACACUCCAGGAUCCUACAAGUGCAGCUGCUCGAUGGGCUUCAAGCUCGCCAGUAAUGGCAGGAGCUGUGACGAUGUGAAUGAAUGUGAGAGCAACCCCUGCAGUCAGGAGUGUGCCAAUGUGUUCGGGUCCUACCAGUGUUACUGCCGACGUGGCUACCAGCUCAGCGACAACGAUGGCAUGACAUGUGAAGACAUAGAUGAGUGUGCUCUUCCAACUGGAGGACAUAUUUGCUCCUACCGCUGUCUUAACACACCCGGAAGCUUCCACUGUUCCUGCCCUGUCACUGGUUAUACUUUAGCUGUCAAUGGACGAACAUGUCAGGAUAUUGAUGAGUGUGUGACAGGAACACACACCUGCACAGAGAAUCAGAGCUGCUUUAAUAUACAGGGAGGUUUCAGAUGUCUGUCUUUCGAGUGUCCAAACAACUACAGACGCAUCGGUGAAACAGUGGCCAGGCUUCAACGCUCCGACACCGUUCGCUGUAUCAAGGCCUGUCAGGCUGGUGAUGUCACCUGUCUCAUGGACCCCACACACUCAGUGUCCCACACCUUCAUCUCUCUGCCAACCUACAGAGAUUUCACAAAACCUGAGGAGAUUGUUUUCCUGAAAACCACUGUGUCGGCUUACGGACCCUAUCACUUAGGCAGUUAUGAUGUCAAGUUUGACAUUCUGGAAGGCAACAUGCACGAUGCCUUCGACAUCAUCAAGCGGGUGGAGAACGGAUUUUAUGUGGGUGUCGUUCGCCAGAUAAAGCCUCUGACUGGUCCGUUGACCACAAUACUGAAGCUUUCCAUGCAAAAUCUGACACACCACGGUGGGCCAAGCCAGAACGUAAUCAACGUCCACGUGUUUAUCGCAGAGUUCUGGUUCUAAGACGUGGCUAAAGAACGUAACCGCACAUGUUCAUCGAGCAACACUGAAAGUAUUGGUUUUGUUAUCUCUGCACAGACUUAUCGAGGUUUUUAAUGUAUUGUUGGAUUUGUUUUUUUGCAGUUUCUGGGAUGAACAUACGCUUUGGAAAUGUGAUGUGAUGAAAGCGUCGCUCUAAUGACAAGCUCUCUGAAGCGCAUUUUCAAAUGCUUUAAAUGUAUAUAAGUAAUGAAGGUUGUGCAAAAACGUCGGCUGACGAAAGAAGCUCAUCUUUGAAAAAAUGAAGCAACUUCUUUCUUGAUAAAUAACAUGCAUUACCUGGUGGGUCUUAAUGUCUUAGGCUGUUCGGCAGCAGAGUUGGUCCAACAAACUCAAUGUCCAUUACCAUGUGUAUUAUUCUUUAAUUUCUCUAAUCUGAUUGUUAACAAAGUGAGAAGUAGCGCAUAUGCUUCUACCUGCACUCUCGUCUGUGUUAGCUCUACAGAAUGUGGAACCAGAGAUCAGCUCUGUCCAUUUCUUGUAUACAGUCUUUUGUAAAAACGAAAAGAAUUUAGAACCUUUUUUUGCAUGUAUCUACAGAGACUAUUAAAGAAUAUGAUGAUGACCUUUAGCUGGUGUUUGUUUUAUGAAAUAUUUACUUUCCAUUUCCUACUCUGUGUAUUGAAGAAAGUGUGUUUUCAAUUUAAUAAAGUAUGUAUUUCAA